AUGGCUCAACAACCGCCUUUCAAUUCCAACAAUCCGUUUCGUCGCAAAGCCGCCGGCCCUCCACCCGCCGCCCCACCUCUCGCCGUGCCACCGUUCGACGACCUCGAUGCACCGAGUCUGACUCCUGUGGAUGUACCCUCUCUACUACCGUCAGCGGAUCGAUUUCGGCACCAGCUACAGGCAUCGUCCAACCCGAGCCAGCCGCCGGCGGCAACGAGCUUCCAGAAACCAAAGGUUGUGAAGAGAGUCCGUGUGCAAUCGCCCCCGCCAUCGUCGCCCGAGUCUCCCGGGCUAUCUGACCGCUUUCAUCCGGUUCAGUUGGAGGACGACGAAAGCAGCAGUGUCGACACUGACGAUCAGCUCGACCCUUUCUCGUAUGCCUCGUCAACCGGCUCCGCCGAUGUAUCCGACAGGAAUGAACCCCAAUCAGUCCCGGCUCACCGACCGCCGUUGAAUCCGUUUCAGAAGGCCUCAAAGGGUUCAGAGAGCGGGGUGAUAGAGCUUGAAAGAAGGUCCAGCACAGGCCCAGGAACGAAGGGUGUACUAGACGUGGGCGCUUUUGGGCGAUUGUUGUUGACGGGCCAGGCCGAGGCCGUGGGCUCAUCGCAGGGGCCAGCACCAUACACACAGCACACAGGCUUGUCCUCGGUACCAAGCGGAGAUGACUCAAGUGCGGCCGACACAGCAAACAUGCCUCCUCAACCUAUGCCCAAUUCGCUGCAAGCCGUGGAGGCAACGCCGCAAACGUCCCGGGAGACGGAUGAGGCGGAGGAUGACCAGCGCGGAUUGCUCAGAACUUCUCAGCCAGGCUGGCAGCCUGCUCCCUCCGUUCCAAAAAAGAAGCCCCCGCCGCCGAGUUCGCGGCAUGGGAAGUUGAUUAACCCGAGGGCGGAUGGCGAGACGAAAGAAGCAGCGGGCGGACCACAUCUGCUAUUACCCGCCCCGAGUCGCAGAAGUGCAACGAAACCUCCCCUGUCUCCAAACCAGAGACCCCCCACACCAUCCGACGUUAACAAGCCUCUUCCGCCAGUUCCGCAUAGGUCACCCGCCGAGGAGGACACCGAGAGCCUGCUUGACCGUGAAGCGACCGGCAAGUUGCCCGAGACGGACAUCCAACCAGGGCUCAACAUCAUCAUGACCUCAAAACCCCCAACUCCACCUAACGUAUCCCAUGCAGUUAAAAACCCACCAGCUACCACCGCGCAACCGGCCAAAAAGCCGGUUCCGCCUCCAAGACGACAGCCCCACGGUCGAUCAGAGAGCAAAGUCACCUCAAGCGCAGCAGCAGCCACCCAGCACGAUGAGGCGGAAUCCCUCCAAAGACGGUCAUCCGUCGACUCAACAAGGUCAUCAACAAGGUCACGCUCCUCAAGCCUGCGCGUCAGCGUCCACGCCCCAACCCCUCCUCCGCCCCGCCGGCCCAGCCAUCCGACGCGCGCCCCGAGCUCACACAACCUCCCACAAUCGACCACAUCGCCCGGAGAAACGGGUCCUCCUUCUGUCGAGCUCUCGCCUUCGCCCUCACUGUUACCACACCCACUCGUGACUUCCCCUCCCCCAAUGACCGACAACCCCGGCAGUAGCAGCAGCAGUACUCCAGGAAUAUCGACGCCAACCGCAAUAGCUGUGACGACAACAAUAACAACAACAGCGAAAGUCAUUCCGCCACCGCCUCCCCCGGCCCGUAACGCCUCGGUCCGCACGAAGAAGAGACCGGCAGCGGCCGGUGGGAGCAACGGCCUACCCUCGCAGUUCCCGUCGCCGGCUCCGUCGUCGACGUCAAACGCGGGCUUGACGAGGAGAUUGAGCGGGAGAGAACCGCCGCCUCCGCCGCGGCAUAGGGAUCGAGGGAGUAGUAAGGGGAGUUUGGAUGGGGUCGGCUUGGGGUCGGCUGCUGCUGCUGCUGGUGGUAAUAGUAUCAGCUAUCCCGGUAAUGCUGGUGCUGGGACUGUGGCUAGCGGUGAUGGUGGACCUGUACAAGUCCAAGUACAUGAUGAGCAUGGACCUGGGCAUGGGGUAAUAGCUGGGGAUGGUUAUUCACAGCGGGAUUGGGAGAUGGUGGCUGGGUCUGAGGAAGGGGAAGCGGAGACCAAGGCUUCUUCAGCGGCGGGAGAUAUUCUAGCUGAUUUGAGUGAGCUGCAGAGAGAGGUGGAUGCGCUCAGGGGAAGGUAUGAGAAGGGUGCGAACAACGAAGAGUAA